UUUGGGCACAAGCCCAAAGGCAGCGCUUUUCUACGCUGUUCGAUACUUCUGUAUAUGGCACAAAAAGUUACUCCUACCGAAGCUGUGGAAUUUCUGCUACUCUAAUGUCCAUUCCUGUUCUUUUGGUUUCUAAUCGGCUGGAAAGGUCAAAGAAAGCCUAGAAUCUGCUUGUUGUAUUGAUCUAAGUUGGAGGAAAGGCAACAUAUUCUGAGCUACUUCUCGUUGUUUGAAUUAGUGCAUAUCUCGGCUCAUAAGAAAAGGGUUGUGCUUGCCUGUUUUGGCCUGAAGAAAGGUUUCUGAUUGUCAAGUUAAUGGCAUAUAUCUCAUCAUUGACUUUCUUUUUAGCAUCAGUCUAGUGGAAAGAAAUGGCUAACUCGCUAGUACCACAAAAAUCUAUGGUUGAGUUUCCCAAUCUGCAAGGGUCGCAUUCAGUAAUAAGCCAAAAAGACAUCAUCUCUGGCACAAACCAUUGUUUUCCAAUCAGAAAUAUUAGCUAUUCGGUCAAGUGUACUUGCAAGACUCGAUCACAUCUGCAGUGGGUCAGAUUUGUUGGUUCAAGAAGAAGUGCUUCUGAUAUUAUAUGUAGAAGCCAGCUGCUAGGGGUUUGUGUAGAUAGGGUUGCUACUAGCAACCAAAGUAAUGAGAAAAUGGACAAUCAUGAGAUGAGCUCCUCAAAGAAGUAUCUCAAAUCUUUGAAGGUUUCUUUUGAUGGACCUCUUAUAGAGAAUGAUGAGAAAUCUAACAAUGAAAUCCUUCAAAACCUUUGUGGCUAUGGGAGAUUGCUUGAUGCAUCAAAAUUAGUUGAACUGAUGGCGCGUCGGAACCAAAUUCCAAAUUUCUCUUCCUGUAUAAACUUGAUCAGGGGUCUUGUCAAUCUUGAUCGCCUAGAUAAAGCUGUCAAGGUCCUGGAACUCAUGGUGAUGUCAGGUGGGAUUCCAGAUAUUAUUACAUAUAACAUGUUAAUUGGUGGUAUGUGUAGGAAGGGACAAUUAAAAUCUGCUCUUGAUGUCUUGGCAGACAUGAGCAUGAGUGGUUGCUGUCCAGAUGUUAUUACUUACAAUACAUUAGUACGUGCCAUGUUUGAUUGUGGUAGGUUUGAUCAGGCCAUUCAGUUUUGGAAGGAACAACUCAGAAGGGGAUGUCCUCCUUAUCUCAUCACUUAUACGGUCCUUAUUGAGCAAGUCUGCAAGUACUGUGGGGUUGUAAGAGCAAUAGAAGUAAUGGAAGAUUUAGCUGUCGAGGGAUGUUACCCGGACCUUGUUACCUACAAUUCUAUGAUAAGUUUUACUUGUAAACAAGGAAACUUUGGUGAUGCAGCUUUAGUGAUUUAUAAUCUUUUAUCACGUGGAAUGGAGCCCAAUGCUGUAACAUACAAUACUCUUCUCCAUUCUCUUUGCUCCAAUGGGCGUUGGGUUGAAGUUGAUGAAAUCCUCAUGCUCAUGAAUGAUACAUCACACCCUCCUACUUUAAUCACUUACAAUAUCCUGAUUAAUGGUUUGUGCAAGCAUGGGCUUCUCGAUCAUGCUAUAGACUUUUUGGAUCAGAUGGUUUCCAAGGACUGUUCUCCAGAUAUAAUCACAUAUAACACCCUUAUACGUGCUCUUUUCAGAGAGGAAAUGUUAGAUGAAGCUAUCCAAGUUUUAUAUUGCUUAGUCCAAACCACAACUUCUCCUAGUUUGAUUACUUUCAAUAUCAUGAUUGAUGGGUUGGCAAAGAAAGGUUUGAUGGAAAAAGCCAUGGAACUGUAUGGUCAUAUGAUAGAGCAGGGAAUUGUUCCUGAUGACAUUACAUAUCGAUGUCUGAUUUGGGGUUUCUGUAGGGCAGAUCUACUUGAAGAGGCUGUGGAACUAUUAAAGGUUAUGGGAAAUAUCAAACACAGGAUCAGAGAUAAUUGUUACAGAUUUAUUAUACACAGACUAUGUAAGAAAAAGAAAGUUGACACAGCUAUACAAGUUCUUGAAAUGAUGAUGUCAAAUAAACGCAAGCAUCAUGCUACUCUUUAUUCCAGCAUUAUUGAAGGAGUAGCUGCCACUGGUCUAAUUGAAGAAGCUGAAAUGUUGAGGCAGAAAUUGCGGGAAAGGAAGGUCCUCAGGGUAUAGAACUCUGAUUCGCUAAAGCAAGCAUAUGCCUGAUUGGGUUCAUCACUGGCAUGUUGUAUCUCAGAGUCACAGUAUUCACAUCAAGUUGUCGAGGAAUUUACUCCAAAAGGGUUUUGUUAUUCUUACAAACAAUUAACGGGAGGUUUAUGAAGGACCAUAAGGCCUUCAAAAUGCAAUACGUGGAUACAACAUGAGAUGAGGGUUAAAGAUUUUCCAUAUUUUGGUUGCGCUUCUUGUGGAACUGAUUUCUAUAAGGGCCUUGGGAAUCAAAAUUUUGCUGAUCUUGCCAUGCUUAAACUUUUUAGAAUUAGAGCUGUGUCCAUUUCCUUUAUGGAUUGUAAUUCUCUGUAUCUAACAUAUAUUGCCUUUAAUCUUCUGUUCAAUGCAAGUCUUUUUACUGAAUUCCUGAACAUAGUGCUCGCGUGGAUGUUGGUUUAACCAUUUCUAUAAAUGAGACAUUUAAGUUUUGUUGAUCAA